AAAAAAAAAAAAAACAUUUUUGUGCGAACGUUUCAAAACAAAAUAAAUUAUUUAUUUUGACGUGUUAGAGAUAACCGAAUGGAAAAUAAACAAACAUUUUGUGGUACUAAAGACAUUUAUAGAUAUAAUGAGUCGGACAUAAAAGACAAUUUAAAAGAAAGUGACUUAUAAAACAAGUUGAACAUUUAAUACAAUUUUUUUUUUCGUUCCAAUGCAAUUGGAUCAGUUUUAGCGAAUAAAAUAAUAAAAAAAAUAUCAAGAAGAACCAACACUUGAAUGUUAAAAGAAAAAAUAACUCGAAAUAAAACGUGUCAAAUUUCCGCAGCAAAGAAAAUAACACAGAGAGAAAGAGAAAAAGAGAGAACGCUUGCACCGUUCUUAUUUUGUUAAAUUUUCUUAACAUUUAUUUUAGCAUUCAGUUUAUUGUACGUAUAUUAACUGUAUUAUUAUAUCAUAAUUUUUAUUUUUAAUAAUCAAUUUAAAUACAAUUAAAAGAAAAAUCAACAAUUCUACCAAGAAAACGACACGAUUCGUAUAUAUUAUAUUGAAUCGUAGCACAAAACAUUUAAAACAAAACUAAAUAAUCAUAAAGAAAACAAAAUCGCCGAUUUAAAUCAUUUUGUGUAAGUGUUAGAGCCAAGUGUGAUCACUCUUUUUAAUUUAAAAAAAAAAACAUCCAAAAUGAUGACAGAAAACAUGUCGAAGAAUCAUCUAGCCAACCAUGCACUCCCAAAAAGCGACGGUAAACUAGCAAUGCCAACGGGAAAUGAGCUGGACAUAACCGGUUGGAAAUCGAAAUUGAAGGUGCCGCCAAAGGAUAAUCGUAUCAAAACUAGCGAUGUAACAGAUACACGUGGCAAUGAAUUCGAAGAAUUUUGCUUAAAACGUGAACUAUUGAUGGGCAUCUUUGAAAAAGGAUGGGAAAAACCAUCACCAAUUCAAGAGGCAGCCAUACCAGUUGCAUUGGGUGGCAAAGAUAUUUUGGCGCGUGCCAAAAAUGGUACCGGCAAAACCGGAGCAUAUUCGAUUCCAGUAUUGGAACAAAUUGACUCAACAAAGGACUGCAUCCAGGCAUUGAUCAUUGUGCCAACCAGAGAAUUGGCGCUUCAAACGUCGCAGAUUUGCAUCGAACUAGCAAAACACCUGAACAUUAGAGUAAUGGUGACCACCGGUGGCACUGUUCUUAAGGAUGAUAUUAUGCGAAUUUAUCAGAAAGUUCAACUUAUUAUCGCAACGCCCGGCCGUAUUCUUGAUCUCAUCGACAAAGAAGUUGCAAAUAUGUCGCAAUGCAGAAUGCUCGUACUCGACGAAGCCGAUAAACUUUUGUCACAGGAUUUCAAAGGCAUGCUGGAUCAUGUUAUCAUGAAACUGCCAAAAGAAUUGCAAAUUCUACUGUUUUCGGCCACAUUCCCGCUAAGCGUGAAAAAUUUCAUGGACAAACAUUUACGCGAUCCAUAUGAAAUAAAUUUGAUGGAAGAGUUAACGCUCAAGGGUGUCACACAAUAUUAUGCGUUCGUUCAGGAACGUCAAAAAGUUCAUUGUUUAAAUACAUUGUUCUCAAAAUUGCAAAUCAAUCAGUCGAUCAUUUUCUGUAAUUCAACGCAACGUGUCGAACUAUUGGCUAAGAAAAUCACCGAAUUGGGCUAUUGUUGCUACUACAUUCAUGCAAAAAUGGCACAAGCGCACCGAAAUCGGGUGUUCCAUGAUUUCCGUCAAGGGCUAUGCAGAAAUCUAGUCUGCUCCGAUCUAUUUACACGUGGUAUUGAUGUACAGGCUGUGAAUGUUGUUAUCAAUUUUGAUUUUCCGAAAAUGGCUGAAACUUACUUGCAUCGAAUUGGUCGAUCAGGACGUUUUGGACACUUGGGUAUUGCCAUCAAUCUCAUCACCUACGAAGAUCGUUUCAAUCUUCAUCGCAUCGAAAAGGAAUUGGGCACAGAAAUAAAGCCAAUACCAAAGGUCAUUGAUCCAGCGUUGUAUGUGGCCAGUGCACCAAACGAUUCGCUAAGCAGCAACAAUGAGAGUAUUGUCAGCAAGUAAGCCAUCCUCCUCAUUCAAAUCAUUUCUCAUCUAAAGAUAAAGGUACCAUUUUGCAAAAAUAAUACAAAAUUAAAUAUUAAAAUAAACGAUGAAAUGAGGACAGCUAUAAAGAAGAAGAACAAAACAAACUGAAAAAAAAUUAUCUAUUGUCAAUACCACUCGCCUACUGUUUUUUUUAAAUCUACCAAAUUCAGAGCAAAACUAAAAA